UUGUGCUAUACCUGGAACAGGUAGCCCCAAGAGGACACUGUGCAGGUAGAAUGAAUCUAUAUUAAAAAUGGCAAGGCCACUACAGCAACAGGCUUUCGCCUUAGAUGCCCGUUUCAACGCCCAUCGGGCACCUAGCAAUCCGAACUUUAGAACCCUUUACAUUCGACGGCGAAGUCAACUGCUGCGAGACACCGAGCGAAAUCCCGAAAGCUGGAAACAGUACUUACGUGUACGAACCCAGCUAUUGCAACAAAGGUAUGGGUGCUCUCUCGAACCCGGUACUACCUCGACUGCCCUCUCAAGAACAGUUAGCAAGGCGAGCAUUCAGAGCGAAGUUUCCCCUUUGACUAGGAAUGUGCAAGUGACUGAGGGUAGUGUUGUGCCGACCAAUCAGGCUGAAGCCUCAAGAGCGAUGGUUGGCGGUACUACAAUUGCUGAGAACUAUGCUUUUGUCGGGGUCCAUCACAUAUUCGAUCAGCACUCAGAAGCGGUCACGAUGGUAAAAUUCGCGAAUAACGACCGGUCACGUUUGUGUUGCUCGUCACUCGAUACCACUUUGUCGAUUUGCUGCGUCGAUACUAAGCCCCCGUCUGUUAUAUCUGUACUGAGAGGUCACAACAAGGCUGUAACAGGAUUUGAUUGGUCGGCGAACAACGACUUGAUUGCAAGCUCGUCUUUGGAUGGUACUAUUAAAGUGUGGAAUGUCGUUAAAAAUGUUUGCUUGCGCACCAUUAGCGACCCGACAAAUGCCCCUUUGCUUUGCUGCCUAUAUAAUCCCAUAAACAACAAUCUGCUCAUUACUGGUAACGGUAGAGGUGAAGUUUGCAUAGCAAACGUUUCAACGGGACUAUUUAUGAAGAAUUCCUGUAAAAUUGGUGGAAAUAUACUGAGCCUGACUUCGGAUACCAACGGACAAAUUGUUUGGGUCGGGAAUGAUAAAGGCGAAAUAGCUUCCCUAUUGUGCGAUAUAAGUGGAAAUUUAUGUCGCACUCGUCGACUAACACUGAGCACUUCAAACACGAUCACCAGCAUCACCUAUCGAGCUUGGAUAAGUCGGGAGGCUCACGAUCCGAUGCUGCUGGUCAAUUGUACCGAUAGCACUGUGUGUUUAUUUAGGGUGAUCGAUCACGAAGGCGGUUUGCAGCUGAAGCGCAAAUUUCAAAAUAGGCACCAAAGGCAUUUUGUGAAGUCUAUAUUCUGUCCAAUUAUGUCUUUCAGGCAGGGUGCUUGUAUUGUUACAGGAAGCGAGGACAGCUGUGUCUAUUUUCUUGAUAUUGAGAAACCGGUCAGUCGGGCCUGUGUAAACACGUUGCAAGGGCAUGCAAGUCCAGUUUUGGGAGUCACUUUUAAUUAUGACGAAUCCUUGUUGGCUACAUGUGAUUUGGAAGGUCUUGUGAUUGUUUGGAAGAGAGCAGCUGGCUCAUAAAUUUUUAUAUUUUGAUUUAUUUAUAUCGCUUUUAUACUCUUUAAUAUAUAUAUUUACUUAACAAAUGCUACCAUUGAGUUUCUACUCUGCAGCAUUUAAUUUAUAACUAUCCAGCUUUCUGGCCACCGAUUGUUGAAAAUUAUCUAUCUAUUUAUCUAUCUAAAAUGUACAGGGUUGUCCAAAUUGGACAUUUUUGUAUUGACACACCCUUUAUUUUAAGAUAUAGAACAAAAAAUGGACCUAGAUGUUUGGAGCUCAAUUAAGUUAAAGAGACAAUCACUGGUGCACUUAGCGACCAAACGAUUAGAGAUAGAUGAAGUCUGUUUAUGCCAGUGAUUGACAACCUAGGUCCAUUGUUGUCUAUCUCUUAAAAUAAAGGAUGUCAUAAUAAAGUGUCCAAUUUGGACCACCCUAUACAGGCCAUUCAUUCGCAUUUGUGUUACAAAAAAAUCAUUUGAAAGUCAAUGAAAUUCUUUCUAUGAUGAUCCUAUACCAAAGAGUACCUGCACUUUUUGCUUAUACUUCUAAGCUAAUUUUUUUCCGAUUCUAGCAAACCACCCGGCUUAUACUUUCCUUUCCAGACAGACAGACAGAAUUCUUCUAGUUCAUAUGUAUAAUUAUGUUAAAUAAAAUGACGAAUGUAAAAUG